AAUCGCGUGAAUAUGUUUCGCAAUAAAAUCCUCUGCUAUUUAUAUAUAUUUAUCGUAACGUGUUCUGAAUGUAGAAGGAUUAAACGCGUCGUUGGUGGAGAAGACGUCGCUUGUGGUAUCUUUUUUAUGCAAUACUGAAAACAUAAUUGUGAAAUUGUGCUCUGUAUCUGUGUGCCAACUAUAGAUAGGAAAUAAUUUAUCGUUUACAUAAUUUUUUAUCUAAAUCGGCGCCACAAACGACAGCCUAUGCUCGAAGCCUUACUGUGCCUGUUUUCCUUAAUAGGCACUCAACUCCGGGCGGCAUCUCUGAGGAAUUCGUCAAAUUCUCGUCAUUUAUGUGGUGCGACAAUAUUAUCGCACAACAACGCCAUUACCGCAGCACAUUGCGUUCAAAAUGAACCGGAGUAUUACUUCAUACAAUUGAAUAAUUUCUGUUUUAGUACUCAAGGUGUACCUAACACUCCGGUACUGAAAAUUACUAGACACGACUUAUAUGAACCAUCCUCUCACGUACACGAUAUAGCCGUCCUACAAAUAAAGCUCAAUUUCACAUCGUUCAACGCGACGAUAUUACCUAACUCCUCUUUCGGUGUAUCAGGAAAGUGCACAAUAUACGGGUACGGAUACAAAGACGUAGAGAACAAAGGAACAACGGAAACUUUGCAGUCAGCAGAAGUAAAACUUAUUUCAUUAGACGACUGCUCGUCGUCUCUUGGGCCAUACAUCGCCCCACAACCCGAGGGCGGCAUGAUUUGCGCUAUUGGAGAUGGCGUAGACGCUUGCCAGGGCGAUUCGGGAGGACCACUCAUAUGUUCAGGCUAUAUCCAAGGCUUAAGUAGUUAUGGUCUUGGCUGCAACAUUCCAGGAAAACCCGGUGUCUACGUUAGUACCGGUGCUCAUUUAACAUGGAUAAUGCGUGUUUGUGAUGAGAAUUACUAACAUUAAGUAUUGAAAAUAGAAAAUAUAAUAGGAGUAAGUUAGCCUGUAUGUCUAAGGUCAUAAAUACAAUUUCCAGAAGCUUAAUAAUUUCAUGUAUUCGUAUUAAUUAAGAAUUUUAAGGAUUGAUUAGCAUAAGUAUUAUUAAUAUUAUAAAUACCGUAUAGCAUCGUAUCGGUCUUAGAAUUUGAUGGAAAUUUAUACCGACAGAAAAUGUAAAUCGUUUUAAGUUUAUGUUUGAUGACGUAAAUAUCAGUAAAUAUUGUUUUCAUUGUUGAUCUACUGCCUAAUCUAUGUAUUCAGAUCAGGUUGUAGGCAAUAGAAUUUAAUUAAAUAAACAGAUUUUGCUUUUGAACGUAAUUUUCCUUAGGUGCCCGGAUAUGCAAAAGAGUUUUAAUAACUUACUGCGAAAGGCUACAUCUUCAA